UCCCGCUCCCGGGUGGCUCGAGGUGUCCUUCCCGCCCGCUAAGUCUUUUCCAGGAUUAGCCUUUCUCUUGUAGUCCAUGUUUAUUUCUCUGUCCCAACCCUAGUGUCUCACACACUCCCAUUUCUUUCUUUCAACAGUUCCCCUUUUUUUCUGAUUCAACUUGGUUGUGAAAGGCUAGAAAGUUUACGUAGCGUUUUCUUGCUACCGCUAAGAAGGUUGCCGGUUAACUCCGUUUCACGUACCUACCUACAGACGUUUUCAGACAACCAAAUUUUUUUCAUGCAGAGAAGGUUUUCUCCUUGGGGAAGUGAAAGGUGAAGCCAAGAAUAGCAUUACUGAUUCACAAAUGGAUGAUGUUGAAGUUAUUUAUACAAUUGACAUUCAGAAAUAUAUUCCAUGCUAUCAGCUUUUUAGCUUUUACAAUUCUUCUGGGGAAUUAAAUGAGCAAGCACUGAGGAAAAUACUAUCAAGUGUUAAAAAGGAUGUGGUUGGUUGGUACAAAUUCCGACGUCAUUCAGACCAGAUUAUGACAUUUCGAGAGAGACUGCUUCACAAAAACUUACAGCAGCAUCUUUCAAGCCAGGAGCUUGUUUUUCUGCUGUUAACACCAAGUGUAGUAACAGAAAGCUACUCUACCCAUCGGCUGGAGCAUGCCUUAUAUAAACCUCAGAAAGGACUUUUUCAUAGGAUACCUUUAGUGGUGGCCAAUCUGGGCAUGUCUGAGCAACUGGGUUAUAAAACUGUAUCAGGUUCCCGUAUGUCCGCUGGUUUUAGCCGAGCAGUCAAAACACACAGCCCUGAAUUUUUUAAAGAAGAUGGAUCUUUAAAGGAGGUACACAAGAUAAAUGAAAUGUAUGCUUCUUUACAAGAAGAAUUAAAGAGUAUAUGCAAAAAAGUAGAACACAGUGAGCAAGCAGUAGAGAAACUACUAAAGGAUGUAAACAGAUUAAAACAAGAAAUUAAAAAAAGAAAACAAGCUCAGAUUGAAGCAACACGAGAGAAGAAUAUCCAAAAAGAACCUCAGGAGAACACUUUUCUUUGUCAAGCUUUACGGACCUUUUUUCCAGAUUGUGAAUUUCUUCAUUCAUGUGUUAUGUCCUUGAAAAACAGGCAUAUUUCUAAAAGUAGCUGUAAUACCAACCACCACCUCAAUGUGGUAGACAACCUGACCUUAAUGGUAGAGUACACUGACCUUCCUGAAGCUAGUCCAGCUAGUAGUACUCUCCAGCUGAAGCGUAAAGCUUUAGAUACAGAUGACAGAUGGCAAUUCAAGAAGUCACGGCUGUUAGAGAUACAAAACAAACUAUCUAAAACAGAUACUGAUAGUAGUAACCAAGAAAAAGCAUCCACAAGCAGCCCUGAAACAGAUGAAGACUUUGAGAAAAUGAAAGGUUCUGGUGAUUAUCCACAGUCUCCUACAUUUUGAUUCUUUUAGGCUGAAAGAUUUUUGAUUGGCUAAAGGGUCAAACAUUUCUAUUGUUUUUGCUAUAUUCAGCUAUUUGCAGUAACACAUGAAUAAGUCCCUAGUGCAUUUAUUUUAUAAAGUACUUUAAAUAUCAGAUACUUUUAAAACCAAAAUCGUUUGCCCCUUUUAUUAAACUGUCGAGAGAAGUUUAAAUAUAUUUUAAACUUGUACAGCAUUCUUUAGAAUUGGGAGACUAGCCUUAUUUUCACAAUAGAAAUAAGUCUAAAUAUGAAAAUGUAUUUAAUUGUUUCUAAGUCAUUACAAUUCCUACUCCUUAAAUUAUGAUAAGUACAUUAUGGCUAGGGUUGCUAGAUAAAUGCUGAACACCAUACAAUAUUAGGUACAUAGUUAUAUUUAAAACUUAUUGUUUAUCUUAUUGGAAUUCAGAUUUAAUUGUAUGUACUGUAUUCCAAAAACUUAUUGGAAUUCAGAUUUAAUUGUAUGUACUGUAUUUCUAUCUGCUAAAUCUGGCAGUUCUAAUUAUGGCACAACUUAAUGCAGCACGGCGUAGUGUGGUUUCUUUAAAGUGAAGAAUUUAAAGAAACUUGCAAAAUAACCUAAGUACAAAAUGCUAGUAGGUGUUUUUCAUUUUAAAGCAACCUCCAUUUCCAGUCUUACUCAGUUGUCCUAACUGCACCUAAUUUGACAACUUUUUUUAAAGCUAUUUUUAUUGUCAUUCCAAAGCAUUUAGUUUUUAUUGCAACAGUAACUUUCUUUUUAAUGCUCAUUUUUCAUCAAUACAAUAAAUACAACUAACAGGUCUGGGUACAAAAUAACUGAUUCUAGGCAAUGCAGAACUCAACAGGUAGGAGAGUCUUGGGCUUCAGUAAUUUUUAGGAAGGAUGUAAAGCCCCAUUUUAAUCCAGUGAGUUGGUUAAGUGGAGGUUGGCUUAGAGCUUUUACUGUUUUUUGUAUUUGUCUUUUCCAUAAUUGUGAGACUUUUCCAUGAAGCAUACACAUCACAUGAAGCCUUCGUGUUUCGCUCACUAGAUGAAAUGCUAACACACUUUGACUAUUGCUCUUCCAUCUGUUACUUCCUAAGUGAUAGAGCAAAUUCAUAGGUUAGAUAGUAUCAAAAACUAUCAUCUUCUACGUAUGUGUUAACAUGCAUUAGUUACCGUCGGGUGCUUAUGAAGCCCACAUAAUACCAGGGAUGAUUUGUACAAAUAAUGAAUUUCUUACUGGGAUUGUUUUACUGGUUAUAUAAGCAGCACUGUGGUGUUACGAAGGGCAAGAGGGGAAACAGUUCGUCAGUCUGAACCCUAAUUUAAAAAUAACCACAAGUAUCACCAUGGCAUAUAGAACUUACCAUAUAGAACAUAAUGACUAAAUGCAAUCAACAAAUGAACAAAACUGGGUACACAGGCUAGACUAGGUACAGCAGAAGCAACAAGCAGCCAACAUGUGCAAAUGUCUUCUCUAGACAAUAGCUUGAGAUUUUUCAAAGACAUAUUUACUCAAACUGAAGUCUAAACGUGCCUUCAUACUGUUCAAUUUACUAAAAUGCUAUAGAGGUACAAAACUAUUUAGCUCAUACUUUUGCACAGAAAUCCAUCUCUUUGGAAGAAAGCAAUACUAAACUUUAAAUCAUAGAGAAGCUUGCUCAGGUCAUUAGUACACAGCUGAACUUCCACAAUUGAGUUUGAUGGCCCAACUUUCAGGGUAUUCAAUGAAAAGGAGGAACACUGUCCUUAUAGGACAUUUACUUCCAGUUUCUCUUCAUCUUUUGACAAUUAGUUUUUAUCACUGGAGUAAGAUAAGAUGACAUAAUACAUUGCUUAUGGAUUGGUUUAUUUAAAGGCCACUACCAGUUUCAGGAUAUAUUACUCCAGCAAUGUUAGGUCCCGUGACAGCACCACCAUCCACCCAAAGUAACAUCUCUAAAAGGGAAGAUCUAUUGUCUUAGCCAGGCAUACCUGUAAUUGCUAAUUAGAAAAUCUCCUUGAGCAAUUUCAAGUCUACAUUGUGUCACAGGGAUUUUUACAUUAUACAAGCAUUCCACUUUCUUGCAUGCAUAUACCUAAAAUUCUAUUUACAAGACAGAAUCUGGACCUAAAGUAAAAUUCCAAUACAAGUCAUCUCUUCCGUAUUUAAUAUCCAAUUAUCAGUGUUCUAUUAUUGUAUUAGCUAUCCUACAGUACCAGUUUUUUAAUUCAUGUAUGUAAAAUGUAAUGAGUAGUGUUUCAAAUAAUCAGGUUUUAUUGAACAUUCACUGGUAUGGACAAGAAACUCCCCUUUUUUACUCAAACUUUUUCUUCAUACGAUUUCAUAUUUAAAGCUAAAAACUUUAUAGUUUGUGAGGAUUUAGCCUAUUUUCUAAAGUUUAUUAAAUCUUAUGGUUUGAGUCAACAACCAUUUAUUGUAAAAAUAACUUUAUUGAUAACAUUAGAUAAUUUAAUCCCGAUAUUUGAUAUUACAAACUUUAGGGUCUUUGAGAUACACAGGAUCCUUGUAUGUAACUGGCAUAAAACCUGUAAAGAGAUAAAUAAAGUUCUUCACAAAAAAUGAG